AUGUUGAUCCGAACGUGGAUCGACAAUGGCCGUAAGAAAAAACUGUGUAACGCUCGACCAGCAUGGCAGUCGAUCGGAUAUCGUUUGAGCACCUAUAAAAGUUCAAUGCAAACGAUCGGCACUGAUCAACUAAUCGAUAUUCUUCAGGUUGAUACUGAAAAUCGCACGGUGACAGUGGAGCCGUGCGUCACAAUUGGGCAACUAUUAGACGCACUCAUUCCGAUGGGUUUCACGCUCCCAUUGGUACCAACUUUCGAUGACUUAACUGUUGGAGGUUGA